AUGAUGCGGAGGGCCCCCGAGUGGUUCACGCAUGGGCGGGCGCGGGAACGGUUUCAUCAGUUUUGGCCGUGGGUACUGAGCAGCGCCUGCGCUGCCAUGUAUUUUUACAACCGGGAGCCCUUUGAUGAGAUGGCCGGCACGGUGGUGUCAAGGGUGCGGAGGCCAUUACUCAAAACAAUGGAGUGGAUUGAGUUGCACGACGUUGACCCUGAGACAAUGGCUUUAGAGCUUCCGCCCGACAUGAUAUUUGGCCCACUUGAGUUUCCGAAGCAAAUGCGUUUUUUGCUUGCGGCGCUACGGGCUGACAAUGAGCUGGCCGACGGCUACUUGGCGCGUGUGCUGGUUGAUCACAUGGAUCUCUCGCUUGACGUGCCCAACUUGCCGGAGGCGGAGCUUCUGGAAGCUGGGGGAAAAGAUCUCCUUAACUUCGCCAUCGAUGAUUUUCUCGGCGAGGGGACACGAAAGGUGCGAAAACAUGUCUUUUUUCAACCGGACGAAUUCCUGCGCCUCAUUAACUUUUUCUCUGCGUAUCCAACGCUUACCGAAUAUUUUGUGAAUCAACGGAAUGGCGUGGAAUUGGUCUUUCGAGCACUUGAUCAUAGUCAUGAUGCAUAUGCGCGUGUCUUAGCACUCCGAUCCAUCUGUUUGUUUUGUUUUACUCAACGCCACGAUGGUGAUGUAGAGCGCCGCAUUCUGCAGGCGAACGGUGUGAAGCAGAUUGUGGAGGCCUACAAACAAAGCAGCGGGGACCCUACAGAUACACGCUACAUCACCCUUGUGCUCUCGUCCAUUAUGAGGCAUUACCCAAAAGAAGGGGGGAAAGAGUUUAUUGACGCCGACGGGAUACAGGCCGCAGUAAAUAAUUUGAAUAUUUCCCGUUAUAAGGGACUUCCGCAGCACAUUCGCGUCUUACAUGAUGCACAGAGACUUCCGCCUGCGGCAUUAGGUAAACAGACGACAAAUGCCCUUAUCGAAGACGCUGAUUUUAUUCCCGUGGCUAUGGGCAUAUUGGAUGUCUUUCCAGAGUUUUACGAAACCGCUGGGGACAUUCUAAGCCUGAUAGAAGACAUUGUUCCAUCGCAAACGACGCCAUUUGCCUUACUGGAAUAUCGCGCGAUGCCGAUUCUCUCCAAGUUCUUCGUGCACUGGAAGGAUGACCACGGCUUCCAGACAGACGGAACACGUACGCAGGUGGUGCGAUUGUUUAAGAUGAUGCUGAAUGAUAAGACCUGCCAGCGGUGCUACGACCCAAGUGUUGCGUCAUACGAGUUGCAGGAGUGCCUUCGCACGGCAAAGGAGGCUAUCCGGGAGGAGGAGGAGGGGGGUAGGGUAGGACACGAGCCUCAGCACGCCAUGAGUUGA